AUGCAUGCAGGAAUGUACAGAGUAGUUAACUAGUUGGCAAUAGCAACCCCUCACCGGCCCAGCAUUAUAAAUCCAGCCCUUCGCCGAGCAGUCGGUUGCAGGUAUUAUUUAAUUAAAUAAUAUCACUGCCGCUGUUGUUUGUGUUUGUGUUUGUGUUUGUAUCCUACUGCGGUGACGUCAGUCAUGGCUUCUGCAACAGGCAUCCCCGAAAUCCAUCCCAGCUCGAUUGCAGCAGAGGAAGAGCCUCUCUUGGGUCGCAGCGGAGACGUCCAGCAAGGGCAAUCAGAGCCCAUCUACCAUAAUUUCCUCACAGGAACUGCUGUGGUCGGCCAGGCUGGAAUAUGGGUGCUCACUGCUGUUGUCUGGACGGCUAUUUUCUCGCAUGACUUGAUCUUCUUUUCGGCGCAUCCGCUUCUCAACUCUGCUGCCAUUUUACUGCAAGUUCAGGCCAUCCUCGUACUCCAGCCCACUUCAACCCGUCAACAAAAGACCCUGGGGACCUACAUUCAUUCUGCCCUGCUGACGUUGAGCCUCGGCGCUUUCAUUGCCGCCUUCACCAUCAUCGAAAUCAACAAGGGAGACCAUCAGCGACUCACAUCCCCACACAGCGUUCUUGGUCUGAUCACAUAUAUCAUCAUUAUACUACAAGCGUCGGUCGGGGUCGCUCAAUUCUGGGCUCCAAAGUUGGUCUUUGGUAGUGUUGAGAAUGGGAAGAAGAUAUACAAGUAUCAUCGCAUUUCUGGAUAUCUCCUCCUAGUGCUCGAGUUCGCCACAGUCUCUGCGGCGACUCAAACAACAUUCAACUUGGACGUGCUGCACAUCAGACUGUGGGUGGUUCUUGUGACUGCUGUCAUUACUAUAUUAGGCGUGGGUGCUCGCAUCAAGAAAAACAAGCUUGGCCUGAAUAGUGCCUAGAGAAAGGCAUGGACAAUACGCAUAGACAGGAUGGAGGAUUAAUAUCUCUGACGGAGUA